CGGGUCCAUACACGGAUUAGGAAGACACGAUCGGUACGUAUCAAAAUGACGACGAAUCUACUUGUGGGCCUCUCAUUACUGGCCGGAGAUGACAGAAAAAACUUUUUGACGAACAUGGAUUUAGUGGAAAACUUCGUUCCAACAUCGGGUGACUCUUUCCCUGUGUUGAAUCCUUCCAUAAUGCUGUCCGAUACCCACUGGAUUUUGUUGUUCCGCCCGGCACCUGAUUCCGAAGGAUAAAGACAUUUCGAUGCAAUGAAGUUAAUGAUUAAAUCUGGGAUCUCACAAGGGAUUCAUUUAGUUGAGGAACUAUGGGGAAUUCAACAGAGCGCGUUUUCCGCUCGCUAUCAGUUUUCGAAGUUGCAGCAGCAGCGCAGAGAAAGCGUAAACGAUUUUAUCGCACGCAUUCCCCAAGCUACUUCAGAAUGUCGUUACAACACAAUCCCUUCGACGUGUUUUGAAGAAGCCAUGAAAACUCAGUGCUUGAUAGCUGGAAGUAUAGAUGAUUGAUCAAGGGAAAAACUAUUAUCCCAGGAAAAAGAAACUUUUUCUUGUUCGGCAGAGGGAACAUCUGAAAAAUAUGUUGUCCACUCUUAACACCGCCCAGCCUGCAGAAACUGUGAGCAAACUCGACCUUUUUCCUCUGAGAAUAUUGUGCAGAAGUUUAUGUGCUACCGAUGCGGUGAUCAACACACUUCCAACCAGUGCCCUCCCUUGCUUACAAAGUGAAGGAAGUGCAGUAAAGUUGGCCAUUUGGCUCGAGUGUGCCGUUCCCUGCCAUCACAAAUUUCCAUUAAACGAAAACGAUGCCAUCAAAAUCGCGAUUGAUGCGAGUCAUCCACAGCUCUCUGGCUCUGGUCAACUAGCGUUCAUUCCCCGUGUCUUCUCCAUAUACACAGGCCAGCCUAAAUUGGCCGACAGUGCACGUGGCACUAAAGGUUUCUCUCCAGCUAACCUCAGCCGGAUUCUCGCUAUGCCCAAGGAUGUCAACGAGUUGUCGAACCGUUCGUUGUACAGACAAGCUCUCGAUUUGGUUGAUUUGGUUGAUGAUCUCAACUCGCUUCUGCACGAGUACCCCUGUAACUAA